CGAUCCAUCCCCGGAGUCUACUCCGACAACCCACUUUCAGAACACAGAGGUGUUAGGGUUUCAAGGUUUCAGGGUUUCGGGAUUCCACACCCCCCACGAAUCAUCUAACCUCAUUCUGCUUGCAUGAUUCGUGAGCAUCUUGCAUCAGCGAGCAGGAAGGAGAGCGAGCGAGAACAAAUUGCGACCCGUGCUACAAAACUAAAGCGAGAACAACGCAGAGGAAGGAGGCAUAGAAGGGGCUUAGAAGGGAAGGGGGCCAAUUGGACGGGUACGACACUUCCCCUGUCCCUUGGAUGGAUGCACCCAAGCGGACGGCCCAGAUCUGACGACACCCGUCCCCGUUCUCAGGCCUCAAGGCCUCGUCCACCCCUUUACCUUAGCGAUGGUUCUCUAUGGCUAUGGCGGCUUGAAGCUUUGUUUCUCAGACCUCUGUUCAUUCCAGUGAGUGUCUCUCUCUGGGACACGGGCCUCGCAGCGUAUUCCUUCUUCGCUAUUGGUGUAGUACUUCCCUUUCUGUGCAAGAUGUCUCGAUAUGAUGAUCGCUACAGAGGCAGCGACAGGCGCGAUGAUCGAGGCGGAGGUGGAGGAGGUUACCGUGGUGGUGGUGGUGGUGGUAGAGGUGCCGAUACUGGCCCUGAUGCUGGAGCCACUCGUUUGUAUGUCGGCCGUCUUUCUACCCGAACAAGAAGCCGAGAUUUGGAAGACCUCUUCGCGAAAUAUGGGAGAGUUCGAGACGUGGAUGUGAAGCACGACUUUGCCUUUGUUGAAUUCGCCGAUGCUCGAGAUGCGGAUGAUGCAAGACAUUAUGUGAACGGGAAAGACUUUGAUGGCAACAGGCUCAUUGUUGAGUUUGCGAGGAGGCGGAUGAUGGAUCAGGGACCCCGCGGUGCCUCAGGUGGUGCUCGUGAAUAUCUUGGGAGAGGCCCGCCUCCUGGCACUGGUCGUUGUUAUAAUUGUGGAAAUGAUGGCCAUUGGGCGAGAGAUUGCAAAGCAGGUGAUUGGAGGGAUAAGUGCUAUCGGUGCGGCCAGCGUGGGCACAUAGAGCGUAAUUGCCGCAACAGUCCAAGGCCGACAAGCAGUCCGUCGCGUUCCCGCUCUCGGUCUCCUCGAGGGCACAAGAGGUCGUCUCGCAGAAGUGUUUCCCGUAGCCGAAGUCGCAGCUUCAGUCGUUCACCUCCUCGAAGGGGUCGUAGUCCUGCUAAGGCUGACCGCAGUCCCAUGAAGGAUGAUCGUAGUCCUGCCAAGGGUGACCGUAGAAAGUCAGAUCGCAGCAAAAGCAGGAGCCUGACUCCUCUGCCUAAGGAUGAGAAACGUAGUCUUUCUCCCAGCCCUGUCCCCAACGGGAGAAGUAUAAGCAGAAGCCCCGGAGCUCGUAGUCCGAGUCCAGAGGCUCAUCGUGGUGAGCAAAGUCCUCCACCCCGAGAGAAGAGGCGUAGUAUCAGCCCUAGCCCAGAGCAAGACUUGGAUAAGGGUAGUCCUGCUAAGGAUCUUUCACCCCUACCUCGAAGGAGUCUUACUCCCGAAGAAGAGUGAAAAUUUUCUUUGUAUUUAUUUUAGAAAACAUGGUCAUGGAGAUGGAAGACAUGCAUGGUAAGAAGGGACCAGGUUUGCACAAUCUGGCGUAGUCUUCUAGUAGUUAGUAUUCCUUUUUGUAUGUGCAUGCAUUGUGGACUUUGUUGGGUUGAGAUGCUCAAUUUUACUUAUGACAUCCACCAUGACCUGUGAAUGAAAAUACUUUCAUCAAAUUGAGUGUCUUA